UUCACCUCGCAUCAACAUCAACAAACAUAUACCAUAGAAUCAAAUAUCAUAAGGCAAGAUGAUCUCAGGAAUCGCCCACGUCAACCUCCUCGUCCCCGCAGGCACCCUGCCAGAAGCCAACAAAUUCUACGUCGAAACCCUCGGCCUCAUCGCAUCUCCUGUCCCCGCAGCCAUAAAGGAAACAACAGCAUGGUUCAACAUCGGAGAAAGCGGCCAACAAAUCCACAUCGCAUUCGGAAAUAACGAGCACAAGUCAACUCGCCAUCCGUGUCUGCGUGUCGGUUCCGUGGACGACCUGCUGAAGGUGCAGAGGCGGAUUUAUGAGCACCAUCUGGCGGGUGAUUCGGCUGCACCGCAAGAGGCGGAUAAGCCGGGGGAGAGUUCUGGCGAGAAAGGGGUGGAAUUUCCGAGUCGGUUCUUUGCGAGGGAUUAUGCGGGGAAUAGACUUGAGUUUAGCUUGUGAGUAUAGAUAAUUGCUUGUUCUGAUACUCUUUCGUCUCUACUUCUUCGUCUCUCAUAGAUGUACUCUAGUAUGAAUAAAUUUCAAUAUAGAAUCAAACCAAAGAUCAAUUACCGGCCAAGUCUAUCGUAAUUCUACUACCUCUAUCUUCAGACAAACGAUGAUAAUCGCUGUCUGUAUAAAAGAAACAUCCUAGAUAUUGGCACACUCGACAUCCUUGGCAUCAGUAG